AUGAAUCGCCAGUCCCGCGUUGAGACACAAAGGAAAGCACAUGCUCGUUUGCUGGAGGAGUUAGAUAACCUGAACCUAAGCGACAGUUGUUGUGAGAUUUGCCAUUGUGAUUGUUAUAAUUCGCAUCGAAGUUCUGAUGAUUUGAGUAUAACGGGUUUGAAAUUUUCAACAGAUUGCUGUGGUUUCGAUGAGUUUAACGAUAUUUGUAAUCUAACAGAACCCAAGGUUGCCAAUACUGCAAUUAAGAAAACGGGUAAUGGUAAGAAAACGACAACAAAUGGUGUGGCCAAAAAAUCCAAAGUAAAGAAAAAGAAAAAUGCUUCCACCAAUAAAACAUCCAAAAGUGCUAAAACAACUCCAAUACGUCAGAGUACAUCCCCGGAGUUCUUAAGAACAACAACAAUAAAGAAACGUUCAAAAAGCGCCGGGAGUGUACGUAGUCAAAGUGGUGUCUCGGAUAUAUCCACACAAUACACACGAGACUGUAAGAUUUUGCAAGAACUAUUGACUUCACUAGAUCAGCCGACUGAAGGGCUUAAAAUCUCUGGUAAACGUAGUAGCAUGCUAACGAGAAACAGUACUUCCUUUAAGAAACUGCCACCCUGGCCCAGUUUGGGUGAACUGCCAACUUGUUCAACAAAAGCAAUUGCGACUGACACUAAACUCACAUUAUCACCCUUAAAACUAAGUGAAUCAAUGGCGAAUCUGUGUUUAGCACCAACAGUACGCGAAGCUUACCAACGAGUGCCGUCACAUGAUCAGAAGAUAUUGAAUCGCAUGGCGAAUAAGCGAAGUGAGAAAGCUACUGCCAAAGAAAAUGCUUGGUUGGCUCAAAAAUACUGGGAAAACGAACGCUACGAGCGAGAAUUGAUAAAAGUAGAACAGAUGGAGGAAUAUAAGCGUGCUGUGCGUGAUAAACAAUUUCAAGAUUAUCUAUUCACAAAAGCACGCCUAAAUGAAAUCGCGCAACGCGACCUGACGGAACUGCAACGACUUCGCGGACUGCUGCAAGAGAAGGACAAAAAAACAAAACGGCGUCUUGAUGCACUGCGUGUUGAACGUGAUAUAACAAUAUGUCAACGACGCUGCGAUGAGCUACGUAAGGCGGAAGCUGUAAAUGUGCAGCAAGAGGAACAGCAAUUGGAUGAAACCCUACGAAAACGUGAAAUAUGCAAUCGCCUCACCGAGCGCUUACAGCGUGCCGAUGAGAUACGCUCGCGGAUGUUGGGCAGCUAUUUGAAACGUAUACGUUAUGCUAAUUAUGUGGAGCAGCUGAUGCAUGAUGAGCAUUGGCGUGAUGUGCAGGUAUUUGAAAAGCAAAAGCGUGAACUAUUGAAAGACCACAUAGAUCAGAAACGCACUAAGUGCCAGCGUUUUGUGGAGAAGCGCCAACGUCGUAAUGAAGCUCUGUCGAAGACAGCAAAGAUAUCAGCUAGUUUACGUGAAUUAGUCAGAAAUUCAGUGACUCCUGAGGGUGGCGCUGCUGGUAGUGGACUCGGUGCUACCGCCGGUUUUAGUGGUAGCGUGCCAGCUUCAUUAAGCAAAUUGUUACUCGAUAGACCCAUAUCGAAAUUAGCUUUAUAAGUGCAAAAGUGUUAUUAGCUUUAAAUUUCUG